AUGCUCAGGAAGACCGUCCUCAUCACCGGCUGCAGCGACAACGGCAUCGGCUCCGGUCUAGCCCUAACUUUCCAAGCUCAGGACUACUACGUCUUUGCAACGGCUAGGAACCCAGCCAAAAUGUCCAAACUCGCUGACCUACCCAACGUUACUCUUUUACCCCUCGAUGUCUGUAAAAAUGAGGAAAUCACGGCUGCCGUGGAGGCAGUGAAAUCCCAUACCGGCGGCACCGGCAAAUUAGACUACCUAAUCAACAACGCUGGCCAAGGGCACUUCAUGCCAAUCCUCGACCAGGAUCUGAAGAACGCAAGAGACCUCUAUGAAAGCAACGUAUGGGGCCCUCUUGCUGUAACGCAAGCUUUCGCUCCGUUACUCAUAAACGCGAACGGGACAGUGACAUUCAUCACCUCCGUCUCGGGGCAUAUUAAUUGCCCAUACAUUGGCGUAUAUGCAGCGUCAAAACAAUCCCUGGAGAUCAUUGCUGAGACACUCCGCCUUGAGCUCCAGCCGUUUGACGUGAGAGUCCUGUCGGUUGUCACUGGCGCUGUGCAGAGUAUGGGGCAGGUUGGGCGGUUUGAUGAGUACAAACUCCCAGAAGAUUCAAUGUACAAGCCAAUUGAGGCGUUCAUAAAAGACCGAGCGCAGGGAAAGGACGGGAUAGAGAGGGAGGAGCUGAUGACUUACUGUAACAAGGUCGUGAGUGAGAUCACGGAUGGCAGGGCGAAAAAGUUCUGGUGUGGAGGUAGUGCGGGCUUUGCGAGGAUCACAUCAUGUCGAAAGGAACGGGGCUUGAUGUUCUGGCAACAGAUAAGAAGGGCAAUUAACGAGUACUUCCAGACGCAGCGUCUGGUCUGUGGAGGACGCUUUGGCUCGGGCGUUAUAGUUCACAUUCACCCAGUAUUCGUGUUCAUCCAUGUACGGUCCUGUAUCAUCAGCGUCCAUUAUGCUUGUAGUACACAGGCAUACGUGCGGCAGCGAAAUUUUUCGCUCGACGUCGGGGUGGAGCAUGACGUGCAUCUUCAUACGGGUAAAGCUCUCGAACCCGAAUAUGAAUGUAUGGAUUGGAUGCUUAACCGGUGA